UAAAUUUUCCCAGCAGCGCAGCCCGUCUGCAAUGAAUUCACCCUUCGCCCUAUAAUUAAUUAUCUUUCAUUGUCUCUCUCUCUCAUCGGAAAGGAAAUGUGUGUUCAUCGAAGGCUGUUCACAAUGACGAAGAAGAAGAGUUCCUCCACUAUUCAAGCUCUCUUCGACCUCUGCGCUGACACUUUCACCCAAUCAUCAGCUUCCCCACCUUCUCCUAACGCCAUUCAUAAGCUCUCCUCUUUGUUGGACUCAAUUGGUCCUGCGGAUGUUGGUCUUAGUGAUCCUAGCAAAGAGGACGACAGGGGUCAUGGUCCUUUUGGAUUUUCUUCAUUCAAUAGAGUUGAUCGAUGGGCUCAACCAAUAACUUAUGUCGAUGUACAUGAAGGAGAAAAUUUCACGAUGUGCAUAUUUUGCUUCCCUACCUCGUCUGUGAUUCCAUUACAUGACCAUCCUGGCAUGACUGUUUUGAGCAAAGUCUUAUACGGUUCAUUACAUGUCAAAGGUUACGAUUGGGUUGACCCACCUCGCAUCCGAAAACCUGUGGGAAAUGAUAACUCUUCAGUGAGGCUGGCUAAAUUGGCAGUGGAUAAAGUUUUGACAGCACCGUGUAGUACGUCUGUUCUAUAUCCAAGUAGUGGAGGCAAUCUUCACAGUUUUACCGCAAUCACUCCUUGUGCCGUUUUGGACAUUCUUGCCCCUCCUUACGAUGAAUUUGCCGGCAGGAGAUGUUCUUACUACCGUGAUUAUCCUUGUUCCACCCUCUCCAAAGAAGACGAAAAGAGUGAUGUAGAGAAAGAAGAGGAAUAUGCAUGGCUUUCUGAGAUUGACACACCCGAUGACCUCUACAUGCGCUCAGGAACAUAUACCGGUCCACCUAUUCACAAAUGAUCGUCACAUCUAAUAUUUUUUUUUGUGCAAUGUAAAAUGGGGUUUUUGCAAAAGAAAUCGUAACGGUGCACUAAUUUUGACGUUGGCUCAGCAAAUAUCCUACUUCCAUGACAGUUCCUUCCGUAUCUGAGUUGUAUAGCAGUCUGGUAGGUGAUUAUCGAAAAAAAAAACAGCUUGAUUACUUUUGUUGUCUCCUGGUAUUGUAAUCUGAUUUGCUUAGUCUAUUAUAAUGUAUUAUAAAACAUAAGAUUUAAUCAUUCGACUUAUUUCCCGGGCA